CCGGAAGAGUGAAGCCGUUGCCCUGUCCUUCACUGCAAGGCGUACCGGCUGAUGUUUUGGAUGUCUGAUAUAUAAGUGGAUGCAAGAGGCUGAGGAUGGAGCCAUCUUGAUGUUUUAAGGAGCAUCUGAACAGCUCAAACAUGCUGUCAGGACUUGUUGCUGCCACCUGCCACUCCCUAAAGUGGACACUGCCUCACUGGAAAGCUCCUCUUCACAGAACUUACAGCCCAUCAAAACCAGGACAAUGGCUACUGCGAACUGUGGUUCAAAGAGGGGCCCAUAGAUGGACUACAGCACCAUCAUCACGAAAAAAGCAGAGGCCAGUGUUCACCAGAGCUCCAGCAUUUGGAGAUAAGCUUGCAAUCAUUGACAGCUGCGGCAGUCACAGCUACAAACAGCUGUAUUGCAGCAGUUUAGGUCUUGCAGGCAGAAUCAGCACUGCUCUCAACACUGAUUUUGGGGGUCUUGAAGGAAAACGAAUCUCCUUCCUGUGCGCUAAUGAUGCGUCCUAUACAGUGGCACAGUGGGCAGCUUGGAUGAGCGGUGGGACGGCGGUUCCACUCUACCGAAAACAUCCUGAAUCUGAGCUGGAGUACGUCAUCUGUGACUCCCAGAGUUCACUGCUGGUGGCAGGGCAUCCCUAUGCUGAUACCCUUGAGCCACUGGCACAGAGGCUGGGGCUGCCGUGCCUGACACUGCCCCCCACCUCUGACCUGGGCUUUUUAGACGGGGCAGACAUCCAAGAGAUGGAGAAAGGAGACAUCACAGACUGGGCUGAUCGGCCAGCUAUGAUCAUCUACACCAGUGGGACCACAGGGAGACCCAAGGGAGUCCUACAUACACACAGCAACAUCCAAGCCAUGGUCCAAUGUCUGGUUUCAGAGUGGGCGUGGUCCCGAGAUGACGUCAUCCUCCACACCUUGCCGCUCCACCACGUGCAUGGCAUCAUUAACAAACUGCUGUGCCCGCUCUGGGUGGGCGCCACCUGCAUCAUGCUGCCUGAAUUCCAGCCUCAGAAGGUGUGGGAGAUGCUGUUGAGCUCCAAGGCUCCCAUGGUUAAUGUGUUCAUGGCCGUGCCAACAAUAUACUCUAAGCUGAUCCAGUACUAUGAUCAUCACUUCACACAGCCUCACGUCAAGGACUUUGUCAAAGCGGUCUGCAAAGAGAGGAUCAGGCUAAUGGUUUCAGGCUCGGCUGCUCUCCCUCUCCCCACUCUGCAGCGCUGGGAGGAGAUUACAGGACACACACUGCUAGAACGCUACGGCAUGACAGAGAUCGGCAUGGCUCUCUCCAACCCUCUUAAGGGCCAGCGCAUCCCAGGGGCUGUAGGGUUGCCACUUCCAAGUGUGGAAGUCAGGAUUGUCAUGAAUAACUCAACCAACACCACGAUUGUGGAGGGCAGCCACCGCAAGACUCAGGUACGUUCAGGUCUGGAGGGGAAAGAAGGGGAGCUCCUAGUUCGAGGUGCGUCUGUCUUCAAGGAGUAUUGGAACAAACCUCAAGAGACCAGAGAGUCUUUCACUGAUGAUGGCUGGUUCAGAACAGGAGACACAGCAGUUUAUAAAGAUGGUGUCUAUUGGAUAAGGGGCCGCACCAGUGUCGACAUCAUCAAAAGUGGUGGCUACAAGAUCAGUGCACUGGAGGUGGAGCGUCAGCUACUGGCUCAUCCAGACAUUAUAGAUGUGGCUGUGAUUGGGGCCCCAGAUGCCACUUGGGGUCAGAAAGUCACUGCAGUGGUGCAGCUGAAGAAUAGCCAGAGUAUGACCCUUACAGACCUGAAGAACUGGGCAAGGGAGCACAUGGCGCCUUACUCCAUCCCCACAGGCCUGGUGCUGGUGGAGGAGAUGCCAAGGAAUCAGAUGGGCAAGGUCAACAAGAAGGACCUGCUGCGACACUUCUUCCCAUGACUGGACCGCUUGGAUAUGUAUGACAACAUACAGGUUCCUGGGCAAAGAGCUGCAGAUGUCCUGACUGUCCCCAUCUGAUCCUUAGAUCAUACAAGAGGAAAUACUAAGUAAUGGAAAAACACCUCACAGAAAAUGACAUAACCUCUGAGGUAACUUAAUCACAACUACAAACACCGCUCCCAAAGGUAAUUCUAUUACACUGAAUGCCAAUUAUGCCAAGCGUUGUUUAUCAGUUACUGUGUAAGAGACAUCUGGAAAUCAUCACUUUAAUAUGUAACUUAUUGAAACAAUAUGAAACAGCACUCCAUAGAGAGGACACAGAAAGUGUGCCCAACUGAGUAUAUUACAUGAACUCAAAAUUAUCUUAUGUGGCAUCAAAAGUAGUGGUUAAAAUUUAGCCUAACCAGCAUGGAUGUGAUAGGCAAAUAAUAUCUAAGACACCGUCAGGUACUAUUAAUUGGUAUUCAAUCUACCUUGACCCACUUUUGUAGGGUUUGCAAUUGUAGCAGUGUCCCACUUCCAUAACACAAUAACAUACAGUAUUACUGAAUGUGGGUUUAGAGUAUGUAGAAUGUUCGCACUGGAAACAUGAGAAAGUAAGUAUGCACAACAGUCAGUAUGCAGACUAAAAACAUUUUUAGCGUGCUCUCAAUGGACAGUGUGCACACCAUAUGCAGAUUAUAGUGAGGCUGCUCUUGGAAAACAAAAACAUAAGUAUAAAGUCUUGGAAAACGGUUUACUUUCUCAUUGUGAAGUUCAUUUGACUGGCAGUGGUACUAUAGAGUGCUGCAGGGAUGAUGCUUUUUUGUAGGCCAACAGGAGAAGUUAGUUGUCCUACUUCCCUUGACAGAAAGACAAUGGGAUUUUUCCACUGGAUUUUGGAUUAUUGCACAAAAUAAGCUCUGUUGCAAGCAAAGGUUUAUGAUAGCGUGCUUGCAUGUUUUGUUCCGCAAGAUAAUCUUCACAAAUGAACACUUUUGGGAUUUUUGAAGCAUAAAUGCAAUUGCCAGAAGUAAAAAGGUAAUGUUAGGCUAUAAACAAAGUAUACCACAUUCGCAUAACUUUAACAUCGCCACCAAAACGAGUCUGUAAAGCCAUAUUCAGAGUGAUGACAAUCUGUAGUCUCAUUGAGCCACUUGUUAGCAACCAUCUUCUGUAAGACAUGUAAAGGCUUCAAAAUUCAUCAGUGAGGUACUGACUGAUGUAUUUUAUUUUGCAGAACAAAACAUGAAAGUCUCUUGAGUCUGUGUUGACCACA